AUGGCGUCCACAAUACCCUCAAUAGCAUGCCUCGGCAUCAUCGGAAGAAAUAACAACCCCCUCCACACGACCAUCUUCCCCUCCUACGACCCCUCCACCAACACCCUCUCCCCGAUCCGCACCCCGCUGCAGUUCUCCCUCCUCCUCUCCAGCACCCUCGACAUCUUCGAGCUGCGCGCCCGCGCGGCCGCCGCGGGGGCAACGGGAGCCGGUGCCGGCGCCGGCGCCACGACCGGCGACCUCGGGCUGCUGCACGCCGUCGACGACCGCCUCGCCGCAUACGGCUUCGAGACCAACACGGGCGCGAGGUUCGUCGCCGUCGUGGACAUGCGCGGCCGCCCCCUCGACGGCGCGGGAGGUGGGGCCGCGGGGCCGUCGGCGGUUGAUCGAGACCGCAGUAGGGGGGCUGCGGCGGUGGGGUUGAGGGAGGGGGAGAUGAAGCCGGUGUUUAAGGCUAUGCAGGCGGCGUACGUCAAGCUGCUGCAGAACCCAUUCUACGAUCCGGACGAGCACACGCCGCCGACGGGGCAGGGUGGGAAGAGGAUUACGAGCAGGAUGUUUUCCGAGGAUAUGAGGCGAAUAGGGGAGACGUGGGCUCCGGGAGUGACGAAUCUAUGAUGGAUGACACUGUCAGAGGCAUUGGGCCGGCGUUUUGGGUGCAUAGAACUAACUAUAUGGGUUUCCGCUUCCUCUUUGACCACGACGAUAAUAUGAGGAAGGUUAAAAAAGAAGAAAAAAAAGAAUCGCCCGAUCCCGGAGUCGAACCGGGAACCUGGGUAUAACUUGGCCGACUUUCUGC